AUGGAAACAAUAUCGACUGAGGGCUCUAAUUCGAGUGAAGCUCUCAAAGACUUUUCAGCCACGAAAAUUAAAUUAAACGGAGAUGUAAAUGGUUCAAUGAAUGUUAUAGAUGUUGAUCCUGAUUCUCGUGACAGUGAUUUUAAAAAAGAAAUAAAGGAUUCAUUGGGUGGAGAUGCAUCCAAUGACAGUAGUUCUAAAAUUAAAAAUGGUGGUGAACACAGCAGUGACACAGAUGCAGAAAAUGGGGAUAACUCUCGAGAUAGUUUGAAUAGUAAAUUGAAAAAUAAUAAUUCCAAUAGCCAUCAAGAUUUUCAUGAGCUCAUGGAGGUUGAUGAUGAUGAAUCUGUGCCCUCUGAAGGUGGAAAUGUAGGAAAUUGUGAUUCUGAAAAUAAUCAGUCUAAUAGUGAUAAAAGUAAAAAAGUGUCUGAUGUAGAAAUUGUAGGGGAAUCGGAAGAAAAAAUUGAAGAUGGAGAAAGCGUAAAAAAAGACAAUGCUGAAGUUAGUAAUACAGAGAAUAGUAAGGAAGUAAUAGAGAUAAGUAGUGAUCAGUCUGAUGAAAACAAUUCGAAACCUGGAAAAGAUAAAGAAAGCAAAGAGGAUAAAGAAAAUGGUGAAUGUAAAAGUGAAAAUACUAAAAAAAGUGGAAAGGCAAAAGAAGGGAGUGCAGCAACAGAGAAAAAUACUAAUGAAAGCAGUGAAGCACCAAAGAAAAUUAAAGAGCCUCAAGUGGUCAUAACUCCUAGAAGAAGUUCGAGAACAAUUCAGAGACCAGUGCGUUUUGGCCAUGAGGCUCCAUCGAACAGUAGUGAAGAUGAUGUUGGUAAUGAUUCAGAUGAAAUAGAAGAAAUUACUCCUCAGGAUCCAUUAGCUGAUACAAUAGCCGAUAUUAGGAAAAUCCCUAGAAAAAUUGGAAAUACAACUAUAGUAGUGAAAGAUACAAAACGUUUGGCUGAUAUUGCGGCCAGAAACACUAAUACAAAUAAAAAAGAACCAACUUUAGUGAUAAUUGAUACGAACUCGAUACUGUCUGGUCGUGGUGCUGUGCCUAUGGCGCAAUCGGGUUCACCGCAAAUUCAAAUCCCUUCCGUCACAGUCACGCCUCAACCUCAUAUUCAAAGUGGAGGAACUGGCUCCUUGCCGCAACAGUCCCAUCAUGCAAAACCGUAUACGGGAUUGCCAGCUGCUACAUUACCCGCUCAGGGAAUAAUCCCGACCAAAUCUGUACAAAGACCUCCGCCUAUUCUACCCAUGCUUACUGACGAUAUGUACGUCGUCGAAGCUCCCUCAUUUAUUGUCCCUUAUGUAUAUGAAAAACCUCCCGUGAAAAAAUUUAAAAAAUACGUUAAGAAAAUGUUAAAGCAAAUUAAAAUUCAAGAAGAAGAAGAAGAAGCCAAAAAAGAAGAAAAUCAAAAAGAAAAAGAAUCUAAGGAAUCGAAAGAAUCCGAUAAAGAAACAACUAGCGAGGAUAAAAAACCUGAUAGCGACGAAAAAGAAAAAUCAGAGGUGAUUGUUUUGGAAGAAAAUGAAAAGUCGUCCGAAGAAAAGAAGGAUGAAAAUUUGUUGAAAGAAAAAAACGGAGAGGGAGAAGAUAAAAACAAAAAAAGUGAUGAAAAUUUAGUGACACCGAAAAAAGAAGAGGAAAAAACUGUUAGUUGUGAUAAUAAUACCGAUAAUAGUGUAAUACUCAACGAAGUUAAAAAGAAAGAUGAUAGUAUUAUAACGUGUAAAGAAGUGAGCGUAGUAAAAAAAAUUAAAGGGAAAGAAAAUAAAAAAGAUGGGAAAUCUUCUUCUUCGGAAGACGACGACGACGAAGACGAAGAAGAGAAAAAGAAACCGACAACGGGCGGUUCAUAUUUUGACAAUCCCCUUGGGAAAUUUUUCAUGCAAAUAGGAAUGAAUUUGGUUCAACAAUUUGUUCAAACGGAUUUACUUAAACAGCACAAGAAAAAGCAAAAAAUGGGAAAAGGAAACGACGAUACUCAAAUGGCUAUCAAUUCGUUAAAGAAAAACCUUCAAAUGAGCAAAGAGAACAACGAACCCUAUACAAUGGAACAAAAUAAAUGCGACUAUUGCAGCUUUAAAACCGAAUCAAAGUUGAUAAUGGCACAUCAUUUGGAAACCCCUCACAUGAGGAACUACGUGUACAGAUGCAACUUUUGCCCGCUUGAAGUAAGAGGGCCCCACGACAUAUUGUUUCACAUGGAAGCGGAGCAUAAUAUUCGAGGGAGACUGGAAAGAGCUCCGGCGUUUCAUCAGUGUCCGCAGUGCCCUUUCGAAGAUAAUCAAAAAGGAAAGCUUACCAGGCAUUUGUUAACGUGCGCGAAGAAAUUCAGAGCGGAAAAAAAUUUAGAACCCCCAAUGGAUUGGGAGCCGCCGGCGAAAAUACCCAGAAUGACGAGAAAACCUCCCAACAUGCCCAUGAAUGUAAAUAAUACGCUUUAUCAACAGGUAAGGAUGGGUUCAGAGAUGGUAGCGCCUCUUAAUAAUCAACAAAAUGCUUUACUCAGAGCGAGAGGACGUCCCAAUUUCCCACCUAUCGCUCCCGGUACGAAUCCGAAAAUAAUGUUGGACAAGAGACCGAUACAAUCCGUUCCCCCCAGAGCGAACAUGGUUUACAGACCAGGCGCCAAUACCGGAUCUCAACAAAUGAUUGUACCAUCGUCAUCUUAUCAAUUAGCCGGCAAUCAAAUAUUUCAGGUUCCCGUCAAGCUAUUAAAUCAGCCAAGUAUUUCAAUCACGCCUCUCCCCAGACAGACGACAAAUAAUCAACCUUCUACGUCAUCAGGCGUCACAGUUCAAAGACAGGCUGGAGCUGCGGGCAAUUCAAACACAACUUUCGUGAUUUGUGAAAUCUGUGAUGGCUACGUUAAACAUUUGGAACAAUUAAGAAAUCACAUGCAGUGGAUUCAUAAAGUUAAAAUUCAUCCGAAAAUGAUUUGUAACAGGCCGCCGUUGAAUUGUCAAAAAUGUCAAUUUAGGUUUUUCACCGAUCAAGGUUUAGAACGUCACUUAUUGGGAUCUCACGGUUUGGUAACAUCGAGCAUGCAGGAAUCGGCCAACGAGGGAAAAGACGGAGGACGGUGUCCAGUUUGCGGACGGGCGUAUCAGUGGAAAUUACUUAAUCACGUGGCAAGGGAUCAUAAUAUGACCCUGAAACCGGCUCAUUUAUCGUACAAGUGCACGGUUUGCACGGCAACAUUUGGAAUGUACAAACAAUUUGAAAAUCACGUUUAUUCGGCUCAUAGCGUCGUAGCCAAACGAGUUAUGGACAGAAGAAACGGACAAUCUUCGAGUUCAGCAUCGACAUCUUCGGUUGGUUUUAAUUUUCUCUCAAAUAUUAGUAAUCGAUCCGAUCCAGCAUCUCAAGUGAAGCCUUUUAAAAUAAGUGAUGAGAUAACAAUAAUACCGCAACGUUCUAGUAAACAUCAGUCAUUAUCCUCGAACAGAUCAGUGCCUGGAACAUCCAGAGUUAGCAUACAGGUUGUUAAUAAUAUGAUUGUUUUCUUUGGAAUUGGAAAAAACACAAAAAAAUAA